CGCUGCUCGCGCACGCCACAGUCUAUUGUGCGCGGGGGCGCGCGGCGCGUGCAGGGAGAAUCGCGGGAGCACCGAACGCUCGAGCCACGGUCGCGUUAUCAGAACCUCACGAGCUCAACAAUUGAACUGGAUCGGUGUCUGUAAGGAGGAUUUGCCUCGCCGUCAGCAUGUGUGCACCGUGUUGUUUGUCUCAGCUGGCCUGCUGCUGUGGAUCGGCUGCCUGCUCCCUGUGCUGCGGCUGCUGUCCCAAGAUCAAACAGUCCACCUCGACACGCUUCAUGUACACCCUCUUCUUCAUGUUGGUCACGGUGACCUGUGUCAUCAUGAUGUCCCCCACUGUGGAAACAGCAAUGCGAGAACAUAUUCCUUUCUUCACCGAAAUGUGUAAUAAGCUGAAUGCGGGGGAUAACUGCAGUACUCUAGUGGGCUAUUCGGCCGUGUAUAAAGUCUGUUUCGGCAUGGCCUGCUUUUUCUUCUUCUUCUUUGUGUUCACCAUUCGUGUGCGAACCAGCACAGGAUGCCGGGCAGCUGUUCACAACGGGUUUUGGUUCUUUAAGUUUGUGGCUUUGCUGGCCUGCUGUGCAGGCGGAUUUUUUCUACCAAAUCAAGAAACGUUUCUAGAAGUCUGGCGUUAUGUGGGGGCUGCUGGAGGUUUUCUCUUCAUCAUCAUCCAGUUGAUGCUUCUCGUUCAGUUUGCCCACAGAUGGAAUCAAAACUGGAGCUCAGGAGUCAAGUAUAAUAAAAUCUGGUAUGCAGCGCUGGCUCUGGUCACGCUGGUGCUGUUCUCCGUGGCAGUGGGAGCCUUGGUGUUUAUGAUCAUGUUCUACACGGACCCAGAGGCCUGCUUCCUCAACAAGCUCUUCCUGGGUGUCAACGGCGGCCUCUGCUUAGUCGUGUCUCUGCUGGCUAUCUCACCCUGCAUUCAGACCUUCCAGCCCACCUCAGGUCUGCUGCAGUCCGCGAUCAUCUCCGUCUACGUCAUGUACCUCACCUUCUCCGCACUCGCCAGCAAACCCGUUGAAAUGGUGGAGCGAAACGGAAAAAAUGUCACUGUCUGCGUCUUUCCCUACAAAUCAGGACUGCAAAGCGACACGAACAUAGUGACGGGCGUCGGCACGGUCAUACUGUUUGGCUGUAUACUCUAUUCUUGUUUGAUCUCCACCACCAAGAGGAGCUCAACAGCAUUGCAGGUGUACAGGAACGAUAUGCCUGAAAAUGAGAGAGCACGCUGUUGCUUCUGCUGUGUUGACGAUACAGAGGACUAUGAUGAUGAGAAGACUGCUGGAGGGCAGAAUGUGAAGUAUGAUGAGAGAGACGGCACAAUCUACAGCAUUUAUUUUUAA